CACAUAACAUGAAAUAGCUGUGGUGAUAGUAAAGAAAGGUGAACAAAGUUAUUUUUAGCAUCUAGUCAUUAUUGCCAUUACAUGUGUUAAACAGAAUUAUGCGAUUAGGAUGAUUAUGUUGUAACUUUGGUACGCAUACAGUUUUGUAAUAACCAUGGAUAAAGUUCAAGUCCCCGUCUUUUACAAAUCGAUGUCUGACCGUCUGUCGGUUGUUAUGGAUACAAUAGGAGUGAGUGACUACCUCGUGUCGACCAGGCGGGACGCAUACCUUAAACGAGAAACAAUGAGGUCAAUAUUUUACCAGCUUAGUGGAUUAAACAUUAGGACAUAUCACUUUGGCAGUCAAACUGAAGGAACGACAACGAUUGGGAUGGACUCGGAUUUAGACACUUUAGAUUGCCAGCAAAGUUUUAACAUGAUAACUGAUCAUAACCUUAAGGAUAUGGAGAAAGAGAAUAUGUUUUUGAUUCAAAAUGAUUUAACGCCCCCUGGUCAUUGUCGCUUACACCAGAUUGACUUUUCCACAGAAUCGGACACGUACCCGCAUGAUGAAUGUAUUUUUGAUGAAGAGAAGAGAUUGAUCCUUGAAAAUAAGUUCUCACUGAAUGUUGAAAAAUCCGCUUUUGAAUAUCUAGGAUUUUCAGAAUAUAAAAAACAUGGUCCAUCAGGGAGUCCGUUUCCUAAUAAAGAUAUCGUAAACGGAUUUCCAUGCAAAACAUGGCCCAUUAAAUCUUCUCUCUGGUUGGACCGUCCUCGAGCUGACCACUGGUUGUCACGUAAAGCAGUAUCGGAUGUCUUAAGCAGCGAGUGUUUCAUCGUUUCUGUCGGCCAUCAAAAAAGCGAAAACGAGCAUGUGGAAUGGCGAAUAUCGUUUUCGAAAUCGGAAAGAGUGUUGUUGUUUAACAUGAACAAUAUACAAAUUAAAUGCUAUGUUCUGCUGAAACUCAUAAAAAAUGAAAUACUUAAACCGAUUGCUGGAGACAAGUUUACAAGUUUUCAUUGCAAGAUUACAGUUUUGUUUACAAUAGAGAGAUUACCAAACGGAUUUUGGGUACGGGAGAAUCUUCUAUCGUGUCUGUAUAUGUGCUUAAAGACGCUUCAAAUGUUUCUAAAAUCAGGCCACUGUCCUCAUAUUUUCAAUCCGGAUGUUAACUUAUUUGCAGGAAAGAUAACUCUGAGUGUGCGAUUGAAUUUGUUACAAUGUAUCACUAACCUUAUCAAUGAUCAUGCAAAAUAUUUAUUAUCUAUGAAAAGUGAUUCUCUUGGAACGCUUCUUACAGUAUUAACAAAUACACUCAACUUUCUGCUGUUGCUUAGCACGUGUAUUUCGAAUGUAUCCAUGGAAACAGAGAAAUGCAUCAUUGGAAAACUUAUUUAUGACAAACAUGUUUCACUUUAUGGGGAUAUUUUUUCUAUUCUGUCUUACACAAUCAAACUUGAGCACUCCGUGCAGGAUUUUAUUCGUACUCUAAGCAACUAUGUGAAAAAAGCAAACGACUACUUUGUGCACGGAAUUCCCGACGAGAAGGUAUCAGCUAAACUGAUCAUGGCCUAUCUAAGACCGUUUAUUGCUUCGCUCUUGGUUGCAAGUAGUGGAAGAAAGACCCCACGGGGUGUUUAUUCAUUUGUGAACUUUCUUUUAACGCUUAUGGAUAAAGUAUUCUGCAUCGACGUAGCAUCCAGCAAACUUAAACUUGCCACGUUGUAUUACGUUAAAGGUGACAUCAAAAAGACACGGACUAUUUUAAAAACGAUUGAAAAGAAAUUUGGAAACUAUGUUGUGCCGGUUUGCGGCAAUUGUGACUGUAUUGAACAUCCGGGCAAGAAGUUUGUGAAUGUCGUGAAUAACUCCGCAGACGAUAACACGGUGUACACGUGCAUUUCAAACUGUGUGACAUUUUUACGUCAGGAGUAUAAAUGCUGCCCUUUGGCGCUCCGAUACGAAAUGUUUCGAUCAACUACAGAAGACGCUAAGCGGAAAAAAGUGGGAAUGCAUGAAUGGAUGGACAUGGCCGAAAUAGACGCACAACCUUCUCUUUACUUCAUGCAGUUUUUAGUAUAUAAACGCUUGGGUGAUGAAGAUCGGCAGUAUGAUGCCAUAUUCAAGUUAGCGUCUCUUUUACAACAGAAUUCUCCUUUGUAUCAUAAAGAAACAGCUUUCAACCUUUUAGGUCAGUGUUGGGAAUUUAAGGACAAUCAAAACUUGGCAUUGAUAUGUUAUGACGCAUCUUUACGUCUAGUUGACGUCAACAAUGCAGCGAAAUGGCACCUUUCGAAAUUGGUAUACCGUGCACUACGCAAGUCCGGAAAGAUUAAAGUUUCUCAACCGGAUACGACCGACGGGAGAUGUUGUUACUUGUUGUGAGGUACCAGCGGGCAUUAAAGCAACAUGCCUCCAGAUUCGGCUCAUUACAUGAAAAUUUUUAAAAGCAAAAAACAUUGUGAAAUAUACAAAGAUAGUAAUUUACGCAUUGCAAACGGCACUAACAAUCCUCGUUAUUUACCAAAAAAGAGGUCAAAACAUGUAAAAUUAACCCUUACUUCGCUAGUCACGCAAUAGAAAUGUGGUGAUUUAUACUGCAAAAUCAUUCAUUAAUCACUAACAGCAUGUAAAUAAUACUUUAAUCUUGAAUCUUUAUAGUUUUCUUAAAUUUUAGCAUAAUUUCUCAAGUUUAAUUAUCUUGAGGUAUUUUGCUCAUCUUGAGGUAUAUACAGCUUAAAUAUUAGAGAGGUUAUACGUUUUGUUGGGUGUGUUUUUAUAAUUUAUUUAUUAAAGAUUUGGCAAGAUGUGUAUGCUGGUGCUUAGCUGAUUAUAUUUUACUUCACAUUCUAAUGGCCUUCCACGAAAGGACUGCUACUAGUGGUGUGCAAUAUAUCGCGAUAUUUGAUACCGCACUAUUUUAUCUGGCAAUAUAAUAUAUCGCGAUUUAUAAAAUCUAUUAAUAGCUUUGAAAUGCCUUUCCCUGAUUGGCUAACAAGCGACUUUUUGUAAAAAAUAACAGGUUAAUAUCAGAGUAUAGUUACUGUUUUUUUUUCCCUAAAAAUAGAUUUUCAAGGUAUAUUCUUAAAAUAGAUUUUCUGGAAAUCCCCCGAAUGAUGCGAGAAUAUGACGUGAUGCCACGCCAAGUUUGUUGUUAUUAUUCAGAAAAAACGUUGAGUGACUCGUAAAUAAGAGUCAAAUUAGCCUAUUUUAGUAACCGUGUUAACAUUUUAAAGAACAAUAUAUAAAUAACACAUGGGUUUGUGGGUAACAGUAAAAAUAUCAUCCCGAGGAAAUACUGUUAUCCGAGGCGUACCCAUGUGUUAUUUGUUUUAUUACCCCGAACAAAAAUACUGUGAUGAUCUGAAAUUGUCAACUAAAUCUAACUGAAACAAAAAUAAACCAAGAGUAACAAUAACUAAACUGUUCAUCUGUCCAGUUUGCUUGGUAUUAUUUCUAAUAAAAGCAGGAAAUUGGUCUCGUACAAUUCAGAAUAGAAACAAAAUAGGAAUAUGAAAAACAAAACACACAAUAUCACUUUGUGUUUUGUAACUAUAUUUUUGUGACAUUUAGGCCAAUUAAGCCGGGUGCAUGUUUACGUAAAUUUGUAUCAGUAUUGUAACAGAUAUGUAUAUGGUCAGAUAAUAAAAUACUAACUUUACUUUA